GUGGCUGUGUGGGUGAACAUGUAGCAGGAGCAGCAGCAGCAAGCAGCCACGGCCUGGAACUGAACCCGAGGCAACAACGCGGCCCACAGUCUGCUGUGUUGGGAGCAGCUAAAAAAAUCUGGAAGAUGCCUCUGAAUGUUUAAGACGAAUAAUGUGUGGAGUUACUUCAGCUGAAAUUCCCUCUCUUACUGCUGACAACCUUGAGAGCUAUCUGGCCUCUGAUACCGUACUGGUUUACUACUUCAAUGAGUUCUUAAGUCUGCCGUCUUUCUCAGAGGCUUUGGUGUACAACCAGGAAUUUGGGCUUUUUGAGGUGGUCAAUGGAGCAGCUCAGUUUGUCUCCAAAAGAAUCAGAACUGCCCUGAGACUCAGGAAAUCGUUUCUGGUUCCCGGUGAUCCGCCGGUGUUUUCCAGCGCGCCACCACCAGACAACCAUUACUCUGUCUGUUGCCUUGAUAAAGGGCAAGGAAUUCGAUGGAUUAAAGAGAAAAGACUGCCCUUUUUCCUCCGGAGUGAUUGCUACCAUGAAUACAGACUGGCCAAGCUCUUGUUUCGGUGUAACCCAAACUUCUGUGGCCAUGAAAGGAAAAGGCGGUCGGACCGAGGCUCUUGCUCAGCCUCAGAACUGCAUUGUUGCUCCUGUAUCAAAGAGAACUUCAAUGCAUUCAAGGUUCUGAGACGUUCACGUUCUCCAGAGAGCAUAUCGGUAAAACAAGCCUUCUCCCAUCUUGAAUGUGAGCAAACCGAGGAAGACUACAGCUCUGGCCUCUCGGCCGGUCUUGGAGAACAACACUGUCUCAGUCGGACCUGUGACAACAUGGCUGCUGAUAAACAGCUGAAGUACCUGGCAGACAGAGUGGUUAAUCAGGUGCUUAAAGAUGCUGUGAACAUGUUGCACAGAGAGAGAUGGGCCGAAACCUCUGAGAGGGUCAGCAAAUCUGGACACCAGUCAAACCUCUCCAGGACCGGCAAUCAAGACAACAUAAGACUGGACAGGGAGAAAGAGACGUUUAUAAAUGCUGUGAUGAGGAGGAGAGCUAUGCCAGCAGGGGUUGAGAAGAGUAGCGAGAUGGGUGGGAAAGUCACAAACAAGACAAAUGCUGUGGUUCUGGGCUGGCAAGACUCCUGUUGCUAUGGGAACAGGCCUGGCUUCAAUGAGUUCAAGGAGUUUUUGCGAGGAACAACAGGAGAGAAGCUCCUAAAUCUUUGGAUGGAUGUAGAGAGACUGAGGGCAAUGCCACAUAACGAGCGAAAAAAUAGGUAUUUGGUUGUAAUGAGGAGCUGGUACCUGUUGAGCAGCAGUCCCAGCUGCAUGCAUGUGGAGCAGCUCUCCAGGUUGGGGCUGACUACCUCCCCCUGCUGGACAGAGAGCAAACUGUGCUCAGUUCAGGGCCUCCUAACUGAGCCUCUACUCAACUACUGGCUUCCUCGGUUCCGGACAUCCCAGUGUGUUCAGGAUGUCCCAAAUGCCCCUCCUCGUGUGGGACUUUGGACAACAACGUGUUGCUACAGCUCUCAGUCGGGAAAAAAGCUCUGCAGUGGCUCAACAAUAAAUAGCCGGAACCAAGAUGUGAAUUUGUUCCCAUUCCCUCAUUCUGCUUUUACCCAGAGGUCAAUCGCAUGUCGGCUACCACCUGGAAGAAGAAUGGAGCGGAUGCUGCAGUCUCUGUUUGCUGAGUUUCGGACUGGGCAGUACUUCACACACUUCUGUGAACAAUCUGGAAACCAGCUCUGGGUAAAUGCGGUGUACUUCUGGAGAGACCUGCAGCACUACCAUGAGCUCUUCUACCAGGAUGGACUGGACCCCUAUAGAGUGCAGAGAGAGGCACAGCUCCUUUACUCCACCUACGUUUUCAGCUCUGCCAGGAGGAGUAUUAAUGUUAGCGCAGAGGUCCAGAGGGAGGUGUACAACAGACUGCUGCCGGCUUUUGAGGAGCUGUUUGAUGGGGUGGUGGAACAUGCACUGGACAUCCUUCUGGAGCCGUGGACGCUGCUGAUCAACGCGGACCAAGAGUCAUUCCAGCAGGUGUGUGUGCAGGAAGAGGUGCGCUGCAUCGACAGUCCAGAGUACAGAGAACUCCAGAACCUGUACAGAGCGUCAGAGCAGCAGCUGGGACAGCGGAAGUUUUUUCCUUCAUCUAUUCCUCCAUCCACUCACUCAAAGGGUUCCCGAGACCGUGAUUCAUGGUCCAGCGUGUCUCCUAUUUACCGUGGUUAUCGUUUAGGUUCCAUACUUGGUCAGCAUCAUGAGAUUGGACAUUUCAUGAAUUUUUUACAGGAACAUGAUGCCAGUAUCCAUUUGAUGUGUUGGCUGGACCUGGAGCGAUACAGGAGGACUUCGAAGAAGAAUAAGGCCAUCAGGCAGGAGAGGUCAUCUCAGAUUGCUGCCAAGUACCUCAACAAAAAGUACUUCUUUGGCCCUGCUAGCCCUGCCACAGCAGAACAACAGAAGGAUAUACUUCGUUGGGCAGGUGGACAGGAGCGGCUCAAGUCAGAAGACCUCUCAAACGCGGUGGUGAUGGAAAUCCAGGAAAUAAUCAGGAAUCACAUUGAAGAAACAUGGAUGCCUUUGUUCCUCUCCACUGAAGAGUUCAUUGAGCGACAGAAAAACAAGGAAGAGCUGCGAAAAGCCGAGAGAUUCUCACAGCACAUCUACCACCGUAGCAGAGCAAGGAAAGGAGCCACCAAGCCUGAGAGAUUGUGGAUGAGCUGCUCUAAGGAGAUCCUGCUGCUUCGGCGAGCUCUGCUCGACCCGUCCACCUGCCAGCACUUCCAGCACUUUGUCUCCCUCAAAGGAGACUUCCUGGAAAAUGACGUGCGGUUCUGGGUGGAGGUGCAGAGAUACAAGGACCUGUGUCAUUCACACAGCAAACCGGCCAUCAUCCAGCAAAAAAUCUCCACCAUCAUCAGCUGCUUCAUCAACUCUUCCAUGCCGCCUGCUCUGCAGAUAGACAUUUCUCCUGAUCAGGCUCAGCAUAUUCUGGAGAAGCGCCAUGAGCUCGGCCCUUAUAUCUUCAGAGAAGCACAGAUAUCAGUGUUCAGUGAAUUGCUGAAGUUUUGGCCUGAGUUUCAAGAGCUCAGCAGGAGUGUCUGCAAAAAGCAGCUUGUUCCCCUGCUCCAGGAGAAAAGGGCAAAAUACAGAGCCAAAGAACGGAGACAGAGACGGAGGGAGGAGGAGGAAGCUGAAAGGAGAGCACGGGAGGAGCAGGAGAGACAGGAGUCCUGCUUUAGAGAAGAGGAUGAGAUGGAGAAGAGUGAAAAUGAACUGGAACAAGAGGACAUAAGUGAAAAGAGUCGGUCGAAGUCUCACAGCGGCACACCGAUGACUCCCCCCACACGACCACUGCUGUGGUCGUACUCCAAGUACAUGGCAGGUCUGAAGAGGGAGGAGGUGCUGCUGAGGAGACAAAGUCAGCUUGAGAGGUCCUUCUCCACAGAUUUAGACUCCUUCACUGACCGCAGCAUCAAGUCAGUGAGCAACAAGCAAAGCUACCAGCUGCCGUCUAGUAACCCUAACCCCACUCAGAACAGGAGCAUCAGAACAUGCAACAUAAAGUGAGACCAAACACGCCCCAGCCUCGGCCUUUGCUACGUGAGCAUGAGUGAAAACUGAGAGUUUAUCUGCAACUGAUACCUUGAUCAUAGGGCAGACGUUUAUGACACACAAUGUCAGAGGAUUAUUUCCUGUCCAGGCCCAAAACUAUGGGGGAAACAGGACCAGUGUGACCAGACUUUGUGAAAGCUGAACCUUCUUAGCUGCACUAAAAAAUAAAGGCACACUUCAGCUCAGUGUCAUUUUUUUAUUAAGAGGUUUCUAGGUUUUAGAUUUACACAAUACAUUUUAUACGGAGAGCUCAGUGAUAGAAUAAAAAGGCAACAUGUUUGCAUCAGGAGCG